AUGGCAUCAUUCGACGAGACAUUCAAUCCAGCAGCGCUCACACGAUCUGACACUGUCACUUCCACAGCGGCCAACACGAAAGCGCCACCUGGGUCUGCAUCCAAGUCCUCGAAAACAUCUCAAAGUUACCCUCGAGUCGAUCUUGAACCCCUCUACGCCGAACUCAAGUCGUUAAUAGGACAUAACUGGGAGACAUAUUACGAUGCGCUGACAAGAUUCAUACGAGGCGAACUUAAUGCCCGCGAGUUUGGUGAUCUAUGCGACGCCUUCAUAUACGCUUCUCCUCAGACCGAACAUGCACAUAAUUCACUCAUUCUCGCCGUGCUAUGCAACGCGUCUCGCGAUCCGCCAGAACCAGGGCUUGCAGCAUGGGUCAGCGCUUCUACCGACAAGUCCGCGCUCGCCGCUGCGAACAAGCCUGCGAUCACGAGCGAUGUUGGCGAGCAACGUCUAAAGAGCGAGGUCAUGUCUCUCCCGGCCAGAGACCGGAGGCGACUCAAGGCUGCUACGAAUGACAAGGAGGAGGAGGCGGCGUCUGCAGCUGCCAACCGAAAUCAGUACGAAGAGUCCUACAUGACAGGCCGAAUCAGAGCUCCUGAGAAUAUUUCCGCCAGCGGGACUGUGGCGGGUGGUAUCACCAAGACAAAUUGGGAAAUGGAGAUACGGAAACGGUACAUGCAGCCACUGUUUGCGGAGACGCUGGAAUUUCCGGACGCAAAUACGAUACAUGCUCGCAUCGUCCCACUGUGUUACGAAGAGGGUGUCGCAAACGGAUGCAGUCUUCAGUGUGCCGAGUAUGUGGCCAUAUCGGCGGAAAACUACAUCAAGAGUAUGAUUGGCGAGGUCUUUGACCGGGUUCGGAGCAAUGGCCCACGUUAUGACGAGAACAGUGCCAGCGGUGGUAUUUUGACUUCCCGCUACAAAAGAGCAAUUGCGCGGGAAGAGGCAGAAGUCAAGAUGGGCAAGUUGUCGAAGACAAGGGACGAUGACUUAUUACCUUGCGAGGCAGCUGCUGCAUACUCGAGACGUCCUAUCGGGAUGUCAGAUUUGCAACUUGCGCGAGCUACGGGGCCGAUUCCAUGGAAUCAGAUGCCUUUGGUGGAUUGGACAAUUGGAAAUGCAAGCGCGGGAUACGACUACGAGGAAUGGCAUGCCAGGAAGCAGGAGAUGUCAAACAAGAGUGGUAUGGAAAAUGGACAUAUAACCGGUCACAAGAUUGAAAGCCUUGAUGAUAGCGUGGACGUGGAUGGCGUUAAUGACAAUUACGGAUGGGAGGGUGCCGGCGACGACGAGCGCACCGGACUACAGAACGUGCUUGCGGACUGCCUAUCAGCUGGUGGUUAG